AUGUUUACUCUUUUUGCUCAAUUACCGGCCGAACUACAACUCAAGAUCUGGGAUGCGAGUUUACCGAGGCCUGGCAUCCACAUAUUCGACGUCUGCUUUCAAGACAUUUCUAGUCCCGAUAAAACCAUCUCUGGCGAGGCGGUAGACGAGGAUGCGUAUACUGAGCACACCUUUCUUAGCAGUCUCAAUGUCACAGCCAAAGACCAUCGUGGAGCUGCUUCUUCAACGACCUUCAAAAAUGACCCGUCCACAUACAAGAUAGCAAAUAUCUUGUCAACAACGACAAUCGAUUCUUCAAACACGGUGAAAACCAGAACCGGCAGCGAUCAGGAAGGGAUGGCCAAUGUCGUUCGCCUGCCCUCACAGAGCGAAGAGGUGACUUAUGACAACAACAACGACGUUCUUUGCUUGCGUUUCGGUUUCAGCCAUGAUAUAGAACAAGAAGUUGGACCAAUCUUCCGAAACAACAUCUCAAGGGUUCUAGAAGCUGAAUGGUCUGAGGAUAUGGCGGCAUCGCUCUUUUCUGCUCGGCGGUUAGCUAUUGACAUUGCCGAGAUGUGGUCACCGGGUGGACUUGACCCCAUGUUGAUGGCUUAUUUCUGCUGUUGUAUCCAGAAUGACCUCGAGGUGCUGUAUCUGGUUGAUUACUGUGUUGGAAGAUGCCAAAGCUGCUUCAAGGGGAGUUUGAAGUCGAAGGACUUGGUGACGAGCAAGUGUGGGCUUGCGAAGGAACUAGACGCGGAAGACCGGGAGAUGGAUGCCAUUUAUGGUUCAACUGUCACAUACAGAGAGGUUUCAAAUCUUGAGAAACUGGGAUGGGAUUCUGAUCACUUUGUGUUCGGCCUUGCUCAGGUUAUGGGCGAUACGAUACGGGAGCAGCAGGGGAAAGAAGGAGCGUUCCGCUCAGUUCGGAUUUUGACAUUAUUUGACGAUUAA